AUGCAAAAGCAAUUUAAUAAUUAUUUUCGAGAUUUAAAAACAAAUCGUUCAUUAAAUAAUCAUUCAUUUGAUGAACAUGAUAAAUUGCAUUCUAUAAAAAUUGAUUAUUUGUUUCUAUUCCCUUCGUUUUAUUUAGAAAAUGGUUUGGUUAUUACUGAACCAGAAGAAAUUAAAAUUAACGCACACAAUGGUAUUCUAACUCUUUCAACUAAAAAAGAAAAAAAUUACUUUCUUCAUGAAUCUCCUCAAACAUACAUAUCACCGAAAGAACUUAAAACUAAUGAUUUAAAGUCAACUUAUACAGAAAAUGGUAUUCUUUCAAUUGAAACACCAUUACCAAAAGAUGAACCAAAACAUAGUCAAAUUCGAAUCGAACGUAUUUUAGAAAAAAGUGAAUUACAAGUAUCGGAUAAAGAACGUGCUCAACGUCUAGAAAAUACUUAUAAGGAAAUUACAUCACUUGUUAGUGGAAAAUGUAUUAAUCUGGAGACAAAAUGUCCUUAUACUAUAUCGAUGAUUGGACAAGCCAUGAGAGAUAUUCAUUUUAGUUUUAAUCGUAAUCGAAAUGCUAAACAACAAGUUGAAAUUGUCCUUUGA